UUACACAACUCAACGGGAACCCAAUAACAUGUGACAGCCAUUCAUCAGCCCCAGCAUCCUUUGGCAUACUCUUGAUCCCUCUCUGCGAAUUUCCUGGAUUCCACUCCCCUCCUUUCUUGCUCUAACUUUAUUAACUAGUUUUAAUCACACAAACCCAGAAAACACAGAUUAUUUCAUUUCCUUUGGACAACCUUUUUAUUUUUCAAUCCUCUCGUUUGUUUUUGUUCCUAGGAAUCCCUUUUUGUUUUUGCUAAGGUUAAUAAAGGAGAAAUGGGUUCACCGCCAAAAAAUGUUGGAAUUCUUGCAAUGGAAAUUUAUUUCCCUCCAACUUGCAUCCAGCAGGAAGUGUUGGAGGCUCAUGAUGGAGUAAGCAAAGGGAAAUACACAAUUGGGCUUGGGCAAGACUGCAUGGCAUUUUGUGAUGAAGUAGAAGAUGUCAUUUCAAUGAGUAUGACAGCUGUCACUUCACUUCUUGAGAAGUACGGGGUAGACCCAAAACAAAUUGGUCGUCUGGAAGUUGGAAGUGAGACUGUGCUAGACAAGAGCAAAUCCAUCAAGACAUUCUUGAUGCCAAUCUUUGAGAAACAUGGAAAUACUGACAUAGAAGGUGUUGACUCAACAAACGCAUGCUAUGGAGGAACUGCAGCAUUAUUCAACUGUGUCAACUGGGUAGAAAGUAAUUCAUGGGACAGACGCUAUGGACUUGUAGUCUGCACAGAUAGUGCGGUAUAUGCAGAAGGACCUGCUAGGCCAACUGGAGGAGCUGCUGCUAUUGCCAUGUUAAUAGGGCCUAAUGCUCCUAUUGUAUUUGAAAGCAAGCUCAGAGCGAGUCAUAUGAGUCAUGUCUAUGAUUUUUACAAGCCGAAUCUUGCCAGUGAAUAUCCAGUUGUUGAUGGCAAGCUUUCCCAGACCUGUUAUCUCAUGGCUCUCGAUUCUUGUUACAAUAGCUUUUGUACCAAGUAUGAAAAAUUGGAGGGCAAGCAGUUUUCAGUUGCUGAUGCUGACUACUUUGUAUUUCAUUCUCCUUAUAACAAGCUUGUACAAAAGAGCUUUGCUCGUCUAUUGUUCAAUGAUUUUUCAAGAAACGCCAGCUCCAUCGAUGAGGCUGCUAAAGAAAAGCUGGCCUCUUUCUCAUCUUUAACUAUCGAUGAAAGCUACCAAAGUCGUGAUCUUGAGAAGGCAUCCCAGCAAGUCGCGAAGGUAUUUUAUGAUACAAAGGUGCAGCCAUCGACUCUAAUACCAAAGCAAGUUGGGAACAUGUACACUGCAUCAAUAUAUGCUGCAUUUGCAUCCCUCCUCCACAACAAAAGUAGCACACUGGCUGGACAGAGGGUGAUAUUGUUCUCCUAUGGCAGUGGUUUGUCUGCAACAAUGUUUUCACUCAGUCUUAACGAGGCUCAACAUCCGUUUAGCCUGUCAAACAUUAAAACUGUCAUGAAUGUUUCAGAGAAAUUGAAAUCAAGGGAUGAGUUCCCUCCAGAAAAAUUCGUCAAAACAAUGAAGUUGAUGGAGCAUAGGUACGGAGCAAAGGACUUCGUCACAAGCAAGGACUGUAGCCUUCUUGCUCCUGGCACGUACUAUCUGACAGAAGUCGACUCCAUGUAUCGAAGAUUCUAUGCCAAGAAAGGUUACGAGAAUGGCACAAUUGCCAAUGGUCACUAAAAAUGUGCGAGUAUAAUGGGAUGCCAUGAAAUCGGCUCGAGUUCAGCUGCUGUUAGCACAUAAGAAGAAUAACUGUGUUUCCAUAUUUGUUUGAUAUUUAUAUAUAGUUUCUUUGGCAGAUAAUUUCUGUAAUUUUAAUAAGAUUUAUCCUUUUUAGCUCUCUUAUAAAUGAAAAUUUGAGAGAUCAUUCUAUUAUCCUAAUGAAAUUGAUUUGAGCAA